AUGAGUAAAUUGGACAUCUAUGCAGAUGCUGUAGCAUGGUUAGAGGGAGCUGUUUUUGAAAGUCAGAAAAUGGGUCAUGUUAAUCUUGAUGCAUUAAUAAGUGACUGUAAGAAUGCAUCCCAGUGUGUUCAGAUGCUUUUACCAAUAGAGGAGGAUUCACUUAUACGGAAUGCCCUUGAUGAAAUUUCUAUCUCACUGGAAAGUUAUCUUGAGAUUCUUCACAAGAAAAAGAGGCUGCUUGACUAUGGAUACACAUCAGACUCAGACACACCCACAGCAACAUGGUAUCUGUUUGUCAAUUGUUUUUACCCUCUAGAAAUGAAUCCAGUAAAAAGUGAAAAUAAUGAUUGUAGAAGGCGAAAAAUUGCAAUUCAAGACACAAUUGUUUCCCAUGGGCUUAUUAAAUUCUGUGAUGUUGUUGGCCUUAAUGAUGCUAAGCAAGCACUGAAAGAAGCUGUUGUUACACCACUUCAAUUUCCACACUUCUUUACAGGGGGUCGACAGCCAUGGAGGCGAAUACUGCUGUAUGGACCACCAGGAACAGGUAAAACAAGACUCGCGCAGGCUGUGGCUUCAGAGAUCAACUCUGUAUUUUACAGUGUGUCCAGUUCUGAUCUAGUGUCCAGUUGGGUCGGAGAGAGUGAAAAGCUUAUCAAGGAGCUAUUCCAAAAUGCAAGAGGCCAACAGGUUCAAUCAGUAAUUUUUAUAGACGAAAUUGAUAGCAUCUGUAGGAAAAGAAGCUCGCGGGAAGAAGAGUACACUCGAAGAAUUAAGACUGAGUUAUUAAAACAGAUGGAAGAGGCUGAUAACCCUGCGUCAAUGAACCAUUUCAUCUUGCUCUGUGCUACCAACUGUCCCUGGGAACUAGACUCCGCCUUCCUGAGAAGAUUCCAGAAAAGAAUAUACAUUCCAUUACCAGAUAAAGCUGCACGCAUUGCGUUAAUGAAAAUACACUUGGGAGUCACUCCUUCAUCGCUCACUGCGGAAGAUUGGUACCUACUUGGUGACAGGACAGAGGGCUUCUCGGGCAGCGAUUUGUCAAACUGCACCUCAGAUGCCAUGUUUGAACCGUUACGUGAACUUGAAAACACCUCUCGCUGGAAGAUGAACAAAGAUUUGUUUUAUGUGCCGUGCUCUGAAAUUGAAGAAGACGUCAUAAAUUCAUCCAUGAGGGAUCUUCCAUCUCAAAAAAUUCAACCUCGUUCUGUGAGACUUGAUGAUUUCUUGAAAGUGUUGUCGCACAAUACAAGCACAGUUGCCGAAGAAGACUUAAAAAAAUUUGAAAAGUUUACCAUAAAUCUUGGACAGAGGGGAUAAACCGUUACUGGAGAAAUCUCAUGCUAGUACUGUAACAAACAAAGUACAAAACUGAACUGAACUGAACACCCAGUUAACGCUAAUUUCCGAAUUAACUUCGAAAGUCAUAUAAGAUUGCCGAUUGGGUUUGCCUUACCACGCUCCAUAAUUUGUCGAGGAAACUUGCGCCAUCGUCUGAAACAAAACUUGAAGAGCUAAACUAAAACCAAUAUCGUCUGUUCACAUUUCUACCUAUAAAGAAGUCUGCUUGUUCUUACGAUGAGUUGUUUUUUGGCUCCCUUUGAUUUUUCCCUUUGUUCUGAUUAACC